AUGGGUCGCGUCCGCACUAAGACCGUCAAGAAGUCCGCUAAGGUCAUCAUCGAGCGUUACUAUCCUAAGCUCACUCUCGAUUUCGAGACCAACAAGCGCAUCUGCGAUGAAAUCGCUAUCAUUGCCUCCAAGCGUCUUCGAAACAAGAUCGCCGGUUAUACCACCCACUUGAUGAAGCGUAUCCAGCGUGGCCCCGUCCGUGGCAUUUCCUUCAAGCUUCAGGAAGAGGAGCGUGAGCGCAAGGAUCAAUACGUCCCCGAGAUCUCUGCUUUGGACGUUUCGCAGUCCGAGAGCGGACAGCUGGAUGUCGAUGCCGACACCAAGGACCUGCUCAAGAGCCUUGGUUUCGAUACCCUCAAAGUCAACGUUGUCCCAGUCAGCCAGCAGACGACCGAUAGCCGCCCUCGCCGUUUUGGCGGUGCCCGUUAA